AUGGUUCGGUUUUAUUGGCUGCUUGUUCUCCAAGCUAUCCCAGCUCCGAAUUCGAAGAAUAUUACGACGGAUUUAGAGCCGAACACUCGAAUACCUGAAGCUCUCCUUAGACAUAUUUACCGUCGAUUUCAGCAGAGCCGACACCAGUUUCAUUGCGAAUCUUGUGCUAAAAUCAUCGUGCAAUCUCCAACCAG